AUGUCGAACGUCCCAACGCCUCAGAUGUACUCGAAGUUCGCCUUCGAAGUGGGCGGGAAGGUGCAAGGGGUGAGCUUUCGCGCGUACACCAAGUCGCACGCGAAGCGGCUAGGGCUGGUCGGCUGGGUCAUGAACACGACGCAAGGGACGGUCGUGGGGGAGUGUCAGGGGGAGGGGGACAGUUGCAAAAGUAUGAAGAAUUGGCUCGAGACCCAGGGGAGUCCGGCGUCGCGCAUCGCGUGGUGCAAGUUCAAGAACGAGACGGACCUGCUGCCGAAGCUGCAGUACGUGGAGUUCAAGAUCAGGAAGUGA